CCGCCCCCCUUGUCUACCCUGCAAUCGGCCCCCGCUCUUCCUCCGGCCUUCUCCCCCUCGCCCCCCUCGCCCAUCCUCCUGCCCCCUGCUUAGUGACCUUGAAGAAUGGGUAUCCGCGGCCUCUCGCAGCUGAUUGCCGACGUCGCCGGCACGGCGGUCCGGCACAUGGAGAUCAAGCAUCUGUUCGGCCGGAAGAUCGCCAUCGACGCGUCGAUGUCCAUCUACCAGUUCCUGAUCGCCGUGCGCCAGGCCGACGGCGGUGUGCUGACCAAUGACUCGGGCCAGGUCACCAGCCACCUCAUGGGCAUGCUUUACCGCACGGCACGCAUGGUCGAGAACGGCAUCAAGCCCGUGUACGUGUUCGAUGGCAAGCCGCCGGCCCUCAAGGGCGGCGAGCUGUCCAAACGCUCGGAGCGCCGCCAGCAGGCCGAAGAGAGCCUGAAGACGGCCACUGAGCAGGGCAACCAGGCGGACAUGGACAAGUUCUCCCGGCGGACGGUGCGCGUCACGGCCGAGCACACGGCCGAGUGCAAGCGCCUGCUCACGCUCAUGGGCAUCCCCUACAUCGAGGCCCCCUGCGAGGCAGAGGCCCAGUGCGCCGUCAUGGCCGCCAAAGGGCUGGUGUAUGCCACCGCCUCCGAGGAUAUGGACUCGCUGACGUGCGGGUCGACCAUCCUGCUCCGGCAUCUGACAUACAGCGAGGCGCGCAAGGUGCCGAUCGCCGAGUACUCCCUCCCCCGGGUGCUGGAGCUGCUGGAACUCACGAUGGACGAGUUCAUCGACCUGUGCAUCCUGCUGGGGUGUGACUUCUGCGACACCAUCCGCGGCGUCGGCCCCAAGCGUGCCCUGGAAUUCAUCCGCAAGCACCGCAACAUCGAGACCAUCCUGGAGAAUCUGGACCCCAAGAGGUACACCGUCCCGGAGAACUGGCCCUACAAGGAGGUCCGCGAGCUGUUCCGGUCUCCGGAGGUGACCCCGGUGGCGGACAUUGAGCUUAAGUGGUCGAGCCCCGAUGAGGAGGGCAUUGUCAAGUUCUUGGUGACCGAGAAGGGGUUCAAUGAGGAGCGCGUGCGCUCGGUGAUCCAGCGCCUGGACAAGGCUCGCAGCGACUCGACGCAGAGCCGCCUGGAUGGCUUCUUCAAGGUCCUCCCCCGGGCCCCGGCCGACAAGGCCGCCGCCAACAAGAAGAAGCCCUCGGCCGCGACGACCACCGCCGCCAAGAAGGCCAAGUCCCUGAAGACCGGCGCCGGCAAGCGGUAGCGCCUUGCAGCGUGAGCGGCUGAAUGCGGCGGGCCCCUGCCUUGGUGGGGGAUGCGUUGCUCCUUUUCCUUGUCACACUGCCUUAUAUACACACACACACACACACAC